ACUUGCAUAACUUCGUCCAGAGUAUCUUCUCUUCCAUUGACCUGCGCGACCGUCAGGGUUCUACAGUCGUGGUUGGUGGAGACGGACGCUACUUUAACCGAAUAGCGAUUGGGGUCAUUGUGCAGAUGGCAGCUGCCAACGGGGUCAGUGACACCAUGUGUGUGGCGUGACUUGACUUUGCUGUGUUUUUGUUUGUGUGUUCGUGCUGCUGAGUCUGCGCAUGGGUGGAUAGAUAGAUAGAUAGAUGGAUAUAAUUUGACAGUUUUAUAUGUAUAUAAAUAUAUAUAUAUAUACACAUAUAUAUGUGUAUAUGUAUAUAUAUAUGUAUAUGUAUAUGUAUAUGUAUAUGUAUAUGUAUAAUAUGUAUAUGUAUAUAUGUAUAUGUAUAAUAUAUAUAUGUGUAGGUAAUUUAUGGACACAUUACCCCGGUCUCCAAUAUACACAUGUUGGACCAUGGGAGUAAACAAUGGCAAGAACACAUACCUCAACCCAGUGUUUUUCAACCUUAGGGUCGCCAGAAAUUUCUGCUGUCAAAAUGGUGUCACAAGCCAAAAAAAAAAAAAGUUGGCAACCACUGACUGAACCCAUGUUGACACUUUGGAAUCUUGACAUUUACUAAAGCUUCCUAGAGCCAGUAGCAUUGUGAGGCUCUUAAAUGAUGGCAUUACUUACUGUACAAAUAUAAGGCCAGGGCAACUAUGUAUAUGUAGCCCUGAACGCAUCUCCUUUUAGCCAGUCUCCUGUCUGCAAAUAGAAACACGAGACCUGUUUGUUUUUAACAUUCUGCCCAACACCAGCUGCGCUUCCUGGGUUUGGAUUACAGCAGCUUUGAGCUUCUGGUACUUUCUACUACUUGUGUAAUGUAUAGGGCAUACAUCGUGGGAUUUAAAAUACAUUCGCAUGCAUUGGAUGCUUUUUUUAUUUUUUCAUGGCACGACCCACACCAAACACUUCCCCGCAUCCUUCCAAAUAUACUCAAAUAUACAUGUAAAUAAUAACCUGGAUAUAAAUACAUGCUCUAAUGACUUGUGUGACAUUUCCUCAGGUGGGCCGCGUGAUCAUCGGACACCAUGGGAUAAUGUCCACGCCGGCCGUGUCCUGCGUGAUCAGGAAAUACAAAGCCAUCGGCGGCAUCGUUCUCACUGCCAGCCAUAACCCCGGUGGACCGGAGGGAGACUUUGGCAUUAAGUUUGACACUGCAAACGGAGGACCAUCCAAUGAGGUCAUCACAGCCAAGAUCUUUCAAAUCAGCAAAACCAUCGAAGAGUUCGCCAUCUGUCCUGGACUUCUGGCCGAUCUGACAACCCUGGGAAAACAGACGUUCGAUCUCGAGAACAAGUUCAAACCUUUCACAGUGGAGAUUGUGGACUCUGUGGAAUCGUACGCUAACUUGUUGAGGAACAUCUUCGACUUUGCGGCCCUGAAGGAGCUGCUGUCAGGAGACGACCACAUCAAGAUACGUCUGGAUGCCAUGCAUGGAGUGGCAGGACCGUAUGUUCGCAGAAUCCUGUGUGAGGAGCUGGGCUGUCCCGCCAACUCUGCCGUCAACUGUGUCCCGCUGGAGGAUUUCGGAGGUCAACGCCCCGACCCUAACCCAACCUACGCUGCAGAACUGGUCGACAGCAUGAGAGACGGACAGUAUGACUUCGGCGCCGCUUUUGAUGGAGACGGGGACCGUAACAUGAUCCUCGGGAAACACGGCUUCUUCGUCACGCCAUGUGACUCUGUGGCCGUGAUAGCCGACAACAUCUUUUGCAUCCCGUACUUCCAGCAUACAGGGGUGAGAGGUUUCGCUCGCAGCAUGCCCACAAGUGCAGCUUUAGACAGGGUAGCCAAGGCAACCAAAAUAGAGCUAUAUGAAACGCCCUCAGGGUGGAAGUUCUUUUCGAACCUCAUGGACGCAGGGCGACUGUCUCUCUGUGGAGAGGAAAGCUUUGGUACAGGUGGAGACCAUAUUCGAGAGAAAGAUGGACUGUGGGCUGUGCUGGCAUGGCUUUCCAUCUUGGCGCUCCGGAAACAGAGCGUGGAGGAUAUUUUAAAAGAGCACUGGAGAAAAUAUGGAAGGAAUUAUUAUACCAGGUAUGACUAUGAAAACAUAGACAUAGAUGCAGCCUGUGAGAUGAUGGAAGAUUUGGAGAUCGUGAUUACCGAAAAGUCCUUCCUGAAGCAGAGAUUCGCUGUGGAAGACAAAAUCUACCAGGUGGAAAAGGCCGACAACUUUGAGUACACUGACCCCAUAGACAGCACCAUCUCCAGGAACCAGGGACUGAGGAUUAUCUUCUCCGAUGGCUCGCGAAUAAUCUUCCGACUCAGUGGGACAGGUAGGGACGGGGCCACUGUAAGAAUCUACAUCGACAGCCAUGAAAAGAAGAUGAUCUUUGAAAACACGCAGGUGAUGCUGGCACCCCUGGCAACCAUCGCUUUAAAGAUUUCCCAGCUCCAUCACAGGACAGGUCGAAGAGGCCCUUCGGUCAUCACGUGAUCUAUCCCAUUCAUCCACCGUGGCUAAUGUAUGUGUGUUUACUUUUGUCUAUAUCAUUUUUUUUUUUGUAUGAAAUGAGCUUAAAUUACAACAGGUUUUGCAUUUUACGCUGAGUUUUUGCUCCAUCUCUGAAGCAUUAAAAAAAGACUUUUGAGGUUUUGUUUACUCUGUUUCUCAUGAUUGAGAAAUAGGACUGGUCUUUCAUAUAAAAAACAAAUAUAUAAUUUACAUCCAAUCAAAA